AUGGCCCUAUCCAAUAGGAACGGACCUGUCAAUAAGAAUUUACCCUACCUUACCCACCAGACGCCUCAGGUCAAUGGUGAACAAAGGUCCAAUGGUUAUCCUUCUGGCCUCAAGGAGAUCAAGCCAGAAGUGCGCAACACCACGGAUGUCGCCACAAAUGCGGAACCAAUCGCCGUAGUUGGCUUUGCCUUGAAAUUUCCUCAGCAAGCAUCUACCCCUUCUGCCUUUUGGGACCUCCUCACUCGUGGUGCUUCGGCUCGCACCGAGGUACCCGUGGACCGGUAUAACGCGGAAGCAUUCUAUAGAUCAAAGACCAAUGGCCCCAAGGCCGGAACUAUUAGGACAAAGUACGGACACUUUAUUGACGAGCCUCUGGAUCGCUUUGAUGCGCCCUUCUUCUCUAUUACACCCCACGAGGCAGAAUGCAUGGAUCCACAGCAGCGUUGGCUCUUGGAAACAACAUACCAUGCUUUAGAGAACGCCGGCCUGUCCCUCGAUCACGUGAAUGGCUCCAACACCUCUGUCUAUGUGGGCAGCUUUUAUAAUGACCACGAGACUAUGGUUCACAAGGACAUAGAAAUUCCGAACACUUACCAUGCCACCGGAAGCGCAAGUUCAAUACUAGCUAAUCGUGUCAGUUGGUUCUACAAUCUCAAUGGCCCCAGUGUAGCAGUCAACACAGCCUGUAGCGGCAGCUUGGUUGCUCUUCAUCUGGCAUGCCAAAGCCUCCGUACAGGAGAAACAACCAUGGGUCUCGUCUGUGGCAGCAACCUCAUAUUUGCCCCUGAGAAUACGGCUGGCCUAUCCAAUCUGAAUUUCCUGUCGCCAGACGGAAAGUGCUUCGCCUUUGAUGAACGUGCAAACGGCUAUGCCCGCGGUGAGGGUAUCGCUAGCUUGGUCAUCAAGCCGCUCUCAUCCGCUAUUCGGGAUGGAGAUACCAUCCGGGCUGUUAUUCGGGGGACCGGGGUAAACUCAGACGGCCGAACGCCAGGAAUCUCUCAACCAAGUAGCGAGGCUCAAAUAUCCUUGAUGCGUGGCGUAUACAGCCGCUUUGGCUUAGACAUGUCCCGCACGCGAUACUUCGAGGCACACGGAACCGGAACGGCGGUGGGGGACCCGCUGGAGGCCGAGGCCAUUUCAACCGUGUUCAAUCAAUCUCAACAACGUGAUAGCCCCUUGUAUGUUGGUGCAUUGAAAUCGAAUAUUGGGCACCUCGAGGGCGCGAGCGGUCUCGCAGGCGUAAUCAAAACAAUUCUCGUCCUCGAGAAUGCAUCGAUCCCACCGAACAUCUGGUUUGAUCGAGUGAAUCCGGCUAUACAGGAAGAAUGGGGCCUUUACUUCCCCACUCGACAGGUUCCAUGGCCGGGCGAGGGCUUGCGUCGCGCUUCCGUGAACUCCUUCGGCUUUGGUGGGACAAACGCUCACGCAGUUAUUGAUGAUGCAGAAUCUUUCCUCGAGGAACACAACCUUCAGGGGAAUGUGCAUUUGCGGACCCGAAAAUCACCGAUCAGAGCUGUAAUAGGUACCCAAACAUCGAAAUUGCUCAUAUGGUCUGGUUAUGACGAAGGCGGCAUAAAGCGUCUUCGUGAAGCUUACAACUCAUACUUUCAAAGAAGAACACCCAAUGAAGCAAAGGAAGACGUCGAGUAUCUCGAAAAUCUCGCCGGUACGCUGUCUCAGCGCCGCUCUCAUCUCCCGUGGCGGACUUUCUCCGUCUGCAAUGGACCUAAGAAUCUUCGCAACCUAGACUUCGCCACCGCCAUCAGAGUGAACCCAAAACUGCGAGUCUGUUUCGUGUUUACUGGACAGGGUGCGCAGUGGCCAAACAUGGGAAAAGAACUCAUGUCUCACGUCGUUUUCCGACAAAGUCUUGAAGUUUCCGAUGCCGUACUUCACGAGAUUGGUUGCCAAUUUUCUCUAUACGACGAGUCUCAUACUAGCAAGUCCUCUGAAAUAGAUCGCCCGGAAUUCUGUCAGCCGCUCUGCACAGCUAUCCAGAUUGCUUUGAUUGAGUUGCUUGCCCAUUGGGGCAUCGAACCCUUCGCUGUGGUCGGCCAUUCUUCUGGCGAAGUCGCUGCUGCAUUCUGUGCGGGUAUCAUAUCUAAAACCCAUGCCCUCGAACUGGCUUUCUUCCGCGGCGUCGCUGUGGCGGCGACAAUACAAACUGAUCUCCAUCGUGGAGGGAUGAUCGCGGUUCGCAUGUCGCCUGAUAAAUGCGAAGCAACACUUUCCAAUGCCGCCAGCUCCAGGAAAUCCAAGCAUGGCGCGCUCCGAGUUGCGUGCUACAAUAGCCCGCAAAAUCUGACUCUAUCCGGCGAUGAUAGCGAGAUCGAUAGGCUAGAGCAGUUGCUGCAGGCGGAAAAUAUCAUGGCGAAGAAGUUGAAUGUCGGUAUCGCCUAUCAUAACGCGGAACACAUGCAGACAGCGGCGAACCUCUAUCGGGCACUCAUUCAAGACUCACAUUAUAACAAAAACAACGCUGAUAAAUCACGAAAGCCACGAUGUUUCUUCAUGUCUAGUGUCCGCGGAACCCAGUUCGGACCUGAAUCUGAUGCUGCGGAGAUUGCCGCGCCGGACUACUGGGUCGACAACCUUAUCUGCCCGGUUCGGUUUACAGAUGGAAUGCGCGGCCUCUCUUCUCUGUUGAAUAUAGAGGAGGCCAAAAACGAUACCCAUUUCGUUGAAAUUGGGCCACAUUCGACAUUGAAGUCCGCGAUUAAGGAAAACCUCCCUAUGGGUUGGAACGUAGAGAAAUGUUACUCUUCAGUGCUUUCCAGGGAGCAACCCGCAAUCGGCACAGCAUUGACUAUGGCGGGUAGGCUUUACUGCCUAGGCUACCCUGUCGACGUUGCAGCAGUCAAUAGUAAUUCUCCAAAAUCGAAGCCGGAGCGCAAGGUCCUGGCAGAUCUCCCUCAAUAUCCGUUUGACCAUUCAAGACAGUACUGGCUGGAGAGCCGCGCUAGUACAGGGUACAGAAAUCGCAGGUUUCCCCAUAACGAUCUUCUCGGCACUCCCGUUUCUGAUUGGAAUCCCCUCGAGGCCCAAUGGAAUAAUAGGAUUGUCCUGGAAGAAAAGGCUUUUGUCAAAGACCACAAGGUCUCUGGAGCCUGUGUCUAUCCGGCAGCCGGCAUGCUAGUGAUGGCCAUUGAAGCUGCGCGGCAGCUUGAAAACCCCAAACUUCACCCGAAAGGAUACCGUUUCGAGAACACUGUGUUCAGUAAAAGUAUUAUGGUGCCUGAGACUAACCGUGGAGUGGAAACACAAUUUUUCCUACGUAAGGAUGAAGAACGCAGCCACCAGAUUGCCACUUGGUACGACUUCCGCCUAUGCUUGUACGAAUUUGGAGAAUGGGCCCAAUGCUGCCGCGGCUCUAUUGCUGUAGAGUACCGAUUGACUGAUCCGGACUCUCACCGACGUGUCGCUGAACAGCACACACAAAUAUCACAGUCCUGCCGUUCCUCAGUGGUGCGCGGCGAUUUCUAUACCCAUUUGCGGAACUCAGGUCUCGACUAUGGCCCAUUUUUCCAGGCGGCCGACCAGAUCCGUUGGGGAGAUGGGAGUCAAGGCAUUGGAGACGUCGAUAUCCAGCAAUGGGUUGCCCUAAGCAAAACUGGAUCCCAGUCUCCGUGCCUUAUUCAUCCUGCUGCGUUGGAUUGCAUCAUCCAAAUUGCCUUUCUGGGCAUAGCUCAAGGUGGCCAGAAACAUAUCCCUACACUCGUGCCCACGGGAGUGAAGGAACUCUGGAUUUCAGCCGACGUCUCGCGACACAACUAUCGUGACUCUGUCGUCCAAGUCUCUGCGCAAUCCUAUCCGAAUGGAUCACGAAACCAUACGGUAAACUACACAUCUCUCUGGAAGGACAGCGAGCGACCCUUCUUAGUCGGUGACCUCACUCUCACAUCUAUCGGAAGCGAGAGUCCUGUCACCAAGAAGAAUGAAUAUCCUGUCUCACUUUACCACGUGGAUUGGAAACCUGACGUCAACCUUCUCUCGUCUAAUUCGAAGUCCUCAGCCGUCCUCUCAUGUCAGGCGCAGCCUCAACCCCAGGAGUCCGAAAGGGUUUCCCUCACCGAAGACACAUGCUUUCUCGCUAUCUUAGAAGUCCUGGAGGCGAUGGGCGAUGCGAGAUUGACGUCUCCGGCACAACCCGCACAUUAUCAGAAGCAUCUAGAGUGGAUGCGACAUCAGGUUAACUUGAGGCAAGGAUCCGAUUCCUGGAAGUCGUUGCUCGCUACAAAGAAGAAUGGUCCUGAAGCCCGAGAGCAACUGUGGAAAAAGGUAGAAUCCUUCGGACCAGAGGGAAAGUUGAUUGUCAGGCUCUCCAGAGUGCUGCUACCAAUCAUGCGAGGCGAGGUAGAUCCUUUGCAAGUUCUCUUCUCCGACGAAACACUGCCGGAUUAUUAUCGCUGCGAAAAUCCUCCUCCCGAAGUACAGAAUGGUAUUCAAAAAUAUGUCGAUUGGAUGGCCCACAUGAAUCCUCACAUGAAGGUGCUAGAAAUCGGUGCCGGGACGGGAGGCAUGACCAAGGUGGUUCUAGACGCACUUGGAGGCAAAAUCGCCGAGCUUGGUGACGAGGAAUAUGGCGAAGAAGCGCGAUUCUCAGAGUAUAUGUUUACGGAUAUAUCUCCCGCAUUCUUUGGUGCGGCUAAGAAGAACUUUGGCAGGGACGGAUUUUUGUGUAAAACCUUGGAUAUAGACAGGGAGCCCAGAGACCAAGGUUUCGAAGUGGGCUCGUAUGAUCUAGUCGUCGCCAGUAACGUUCUCCACGCUACGCGAUGCUUGUCCACGACGCUCAACAACACAAGAAAGCUUCUGAAACCUGGCGGCAAACUGAUUCUCGUCGAGGGCAUUAGCCCGAAUUUGAUGAGGACGUCUUUCAUUUUCGGGCUCCUACACGGAUGGUGGCUCUCAACCGAAUCGUUCCGGGAAUGGGGUCCACUAGUCCCAGCCAACAAGUGGGACGAACUGCUCCGGAAGAACCGCUUCACAGGAACCGAUCUCGUUAUUGACGGUGCAGACCCGGCGUCCUGUUUGAGUAGUGCGAUUAUCUCGGAUGCUUGUCCGGACCAACUAGUCAACGGAGAGAAGGCUUCCAAACCCAGUUUGGUAAUUUUGAGGACAGAAGCAUCAACUCUGCAAGACUCGAUAGCCUCGUCAAUUCAGGACCUGGCAGAAAAAGCGGGGCUGCAAGUCACCAUAACAAGCGCAGACUCUCCUCAUGGGAUUUCUGGAUCUACUUGCCUCUUUCUUCAGACGAUGGAUCGAUUUUCCUUCCAAAAUCCGGUAGAGAAGGAGUUCGAUAACCUGAAAAAGGUCUUUCGAGACGUGGAAGAGCUACUCUGGGUGACGCAACGAAGUAGCUCAAAUACUGAUACGCUCGAACAAGACGCUAUCAUUGGGCUUUCUCGUUCUAUACUCUCAGAAAGCGAAGGCCUUCGAACUGUCACCCUCGCACUGGAAGAUGUGAAGAACGUGCAACGGGUUUCGCAGCAUGCUUGGACAGUACUACACAACUACUUCAGGACUACUCCGGCUGUCCUGACGAGGGGCUACAGCGAAGAGAUCGCGGAGAUAAACGGGUCACUCUGCGUGAGUCGACUGCUACCAGCGAAAAAUCUCCAGCUUCACAUCGAAUCCAAGGAGACGCCAUUAGGAUUUGACCUAGAUACCUCUUACAAUCCUAUUGUUGGCGAUGACGACGUCGAGAUCGAGACAAAAGCUAUUGGUAUCCAAUCUGGAGGUUCUUCAAUAAACUGGGCCCAGAUAUCUCGCUCACCCAUCGGACGUGAAUACGCCGGAGUUGUCACUCAAGUGGGCAGAAAUGCAAAACAACUCUUCCAAAUUGGUGCUAAAGUCCUUGCCCUUUCGAACACUGGCAAGGUAAGAUCUCGGAAUCGAUUUCCCGCGUAUUUAACGCACAAGAUCCUCGACGGCAUUGAUUUCGAAGAAGCUGUUGCCAUGCCUUUCAGUUUGAUUGCGGCAUACGAUACGCUUACGAACUGUGCACGGCUUCGGAAAGGGGAAUCAGUUCUUGUCCACGACGGAUCCAGCGCACUGGGCCAAGCUGCCAUUCAGCUCGCCGUUCUCGCAGGCGCAGACGUCUUCGUCACAGUUGCAACAGAGCAAGAGGUCAAUCUGGUCUACGAUCUAUGCCGGAUUCCCGUGUCACACAUUUUCUGCCGUAAGGCUAGUACCUAUUCCAAGGAUAUCAGACGACUCACUGGUGGUUGCGGCGUUGAUCUAGUGUUCAGCUCCCUGGACAGCGAAGGACUUCGGACAUCGUGGGAGUGCGUGGCGUCUUAUGGCCGCGUCGUUGAGGUAGGGAGUCCAAAUGAGGAUGCCUCAAGCGUGGGUUCGUUACCUGUUCCAAAAGAUCUGAAGAAGAACGUCUUCUUUGCACGCGUAGACCUCAUUGAUCUCUUCCAGGAUCGAGAGAGGAUUACUAGGGUGUUCUCUACCGUGAUGGACAUGAUUGAGAAGAAGAAGAUUGUGUCACUAGGACACCCCAACGUCUAUUCUGCGUCUCAGUUCAUUGACGGCUUCCAGGACGUAGACAGCCGGAUGUCCUCGUGCAAGGUCGUAGUGUCUUUUAACUCGGAGAACGAUGCGUCAACUCUCAUAGCAUCGAAAAAUCUUCCUUUCGAUGCACAGGCGACAUACCUCAUUACAGGUGGUCUCGGCGGUCUAGGAAGAAGUAUUGUAAAAUGGAUGGUAUCUGAAGGCGCUCGAAACCUCAUCCUACUCUCUCGGCAAGGGGGAGAAAGCGAGAACUCAAAGUCGUUCGUGGACAGUCUCAAAGCUUCCGGUAUUUCCGUUUUCGCGCCCAAGUGCGACAUUAGCGAUGAGGAGGUGGUACGUGAAGUCCUGCAGCAAGCUCAAGAACGCAUGGCCCCUAUCAAAGGCUGCAUCCAAGCAUCCAUGGUUCUGAAGUCCGCAAUGUUCCAAAACCUAUCUCUAGACCAGUGGAACGAUACGCUUAAGUCCAAAGUCCAAGGCUCCAUCAAUCUCGAAAAGCACCUUCCAACGGACCUCGACUUCUUCAUCUUCCUCUCCUCCGUAUGCGGCAUCAUCGGAGCCAGCGGCCAAUCCAACUACGCCUUCGGGUGCGCCUAUCAAGACGCGCUAGCACGAUACAAAGUCGCCAUGGGAAAAAAAGCCGUCUCCAUUGACCUGGGCAUCGUUGAAGGAGUAGGCUACACGGCCGAACACCAAGGCGCUGACAAAUUCAUGCGGUCGCUCGGCAUGCAGCCUAUCCCCGAAGACUACAUUCAUGCGUUGCUAGCCUACUACUGCGAUCCAAGCCGUGAGAUCAAAGAGUCCAGGGAAGCUCAGCUUGUUGCUGGUAUCAUGACCGAAGAAGAGAUGCACCGCAAAGGUGUUGUCCGGCCGAAAUUCUUUUCUCGGCCUUUGCUUAGGCAUCUAAAGCGCCCGAACCACGCGGUUGAGAAAGGCCCAGUUCUUCAAGCUGCGACUACUGAUGCGACCCCGAGUCCCGCUACGGCGAAGCCUGAAUCUGCUAACACUCCGACGCACACUCAGUCUGCUGCGAGCAAGGCAAUCUGCGGAAGACUGUCUGAUAUGAUUGCCCUCAGCAUCGAGGACAUCGAUCCGGAUAAGCCGUUGCAUGCGUUUGGAGUGGAUUCUUUGGUGGCGAUUGAAAUGCGGAGUUGGUUUAAGGAGACGCUGCAGGCUGAUGUUCCUGUCUUCGAUAUUUUGAGCAAUCUCUCUAUUGAUGCGUUGGCGGCGAAGGCUGUGGGCGGCAAGUAGGUUCAGGAAACCAAGGAGGUGGGUCCCGCUGGACUAACAGUCGAAACGUCACGUGAUCUGGAAG